CCUAAAUGUGAUCCCCCUGUUUCAAAUGUUGAAGAUGACAUGGAAUCUAUAUGUCAAAGUGCAUGUGAAGUGAGAGAAAUGGGAUAUACACCAAUAUUCCAAAACAGUCUGAGACUGAAACAGCAUGACAACUUGUUUUAUGAAGAUGUGACACUGGGAGGUGUGGUUACAGUCAGAGCUUUGUUGGAUAGCUGGUCGAUGGCAUGCACACUGAGUACUAAAGUAAUACCUCAGCUGUUACAUCGGGAUGUUCUAAGGAGCCCCACCCUUGAGCCGACAACCACUGUGUUGAUUGGGUGUGGGGGGUCCAGGACCUUACCUUCUGGCAUGUGUGAUCUGGAGAUGGGUCUUUAUGACUGCAAAGUGAUUGUCCCGACAUUGAUUGUUGAGAACCAGAGUGAAGAACUGAUUUUUGGGAGCAACCUAUUGAGAUACAUCAUUGACAGGUUUAAGCUGAGGCAAGAUCUCCAUGGUCAGAGCCCCACAGCACUCUGUGACGGUAGUGAUGCAGAGCAGAAACUGCUAGGGUUGUUGGCAAGGGUGGAAGCUGCAGAUGAAAAGGUCCAGAAAGCAGUUGGGACUGUUAAAAUCAAGCGAGCUGUCACUCUUGAACCCAUGACAGAACAUCUGAUCUGGGGCAAGUUGCCACAGGUGAAUGACCAGUUGGCUGGAUUUACUGUUGUGGUGGAGCCAACUACAGCACGAUCUAAAUCGAGAACGGUCUUGGUGGGGAGGUCGGUGUCUAUUCUAAGAGCAGAUGGUUGGCUCCCACUAAAGGUCAUUAACCCAUCAGACAAGCCAGUUACUUUGAGACGUAAUGUUAAGUUGGCAGAUGUGUGUACUUGUGAUUCACUGGAGAUGUUUGCUGGUUCCCAACUCCACAUCCAUCAACAACUUCAAGUGCCGUUGGACAACAGUACAAGACACAGCCUCGUCUCAGAGGAUUCCACCUUGCCAGAUCAUCCUCACCUUGUGACACCAUGCACAGUUGACACACCUCAGGCAAGGCUAAGAGGACUGGGACUGUCAGAUGUGGAUAUUGAGGAAUGUGACGUUGCCCCUGAAUAUAAAGCUAAACUGGCUGAGCUCAUUGUUCAAUACCAGUCGAUCUUCUCAAGGGACAAGCUGGAUUGUGGUAAAGCCACUGGUUUUCUACAUCGCAUCCGAGUCAUGGAUGAGAAACCAUUUCGUUUGCCAUGUAGGCGCAUACCACCAACCCAGUAUGAAAAAUUGAGAGAGGCAUUGGAUGAGAUGGAGGAGCGGGAAAUCAUACGAAAGUCCAGCAGUGAGUUUGCAUCUCCCUUGGUGAUCGUAUGGAAAAAGUCUGGUGACUUACGAAUAUGUAAUGACUUCCGUUGGAUCAAUGCCCACACUGUCAAGGAUGCUCACCCACUUCCUCAUCCAGCUGAUGCUCUAGCAGCCUUGGGGGGCAAUGCCUUUUUCUCAACCAUGGAUUUAACCUCAGGCUACUACAAUGUAGAAGUGCAUGAGGCUGACCGAAAGUACACUGCCUUUACAUCGCCAUUUGGAUUGUAUGAGUAUAAUCGGAUACCUCAGGGACUCUGUAACAGUCCAGCAACGUUCAUGAGAAUGAUGCUAAACAUCUUUGGUGACAAAAACUUCAUGAGCUUGUUGUGCUAUUUGGAUGAUGUCCUGGUGUUUGCUCCAACAGAAGACCUAGCGCUUGAGCGCCUGCAUAUGGUCUUCCAGAGACUCCAGAAUCAUAACCUCAAGCUUGCCCCAAAGAAAUGUCACUUUUUGAGGAAGUCAGUGAAGUUCCUCUGUCAUAUCAUCAGCAUAGAUGGGAUCCAAUCUGAUCCUGAUAAAGUGACUGCUAUCACCAACAUUGAUGAGUCAGACCUUAUGGAGAUCGGCACGAAUAUUCCCUCACAGAGAAAGAUUCGUUCCUUCCUUGGCAUGGUAGUCUACUACCAGCAGUUUAUUGAGGGGUGUUCUGCAAUGGCCAAACCAUUGUUUAGGCUGAUCUCACCCCCUAAAGGUCCACGUGGAGGUGGGAGAAAGCGCCGCCAAAUCCACAAAAAGCUCCAUGCUGAGGAUUGGACUGCAGAUUGUCAGCAGGCUUUCCACCAAUUGAGACAGGCUUAGCUAGAUUGUGUGGUGCUGGCUCACCCAAACUUCAGUGAGCCCUUCAUUCUGUCUGUAGAUGCCUCUACCGACGGACUCGGUGCAGUCCUAUCCCAAGUGCCUGCCAAUGGUUCAACGGCAAGACCGAUAGCUUUUGCAAGUAAAUCACUGAGUUAUGCCCAAUCUAAAUAUCCUACACACCGACUGGAGUUCUUCGCCUUGAAGUGGGCGGUGUGUGACAAGUUCCAUCAUUGGUUGAGAGGUCACCAAUUCACUGUGUGGACGGACAAUAAUCCGCUAACCUACAUCCUGUCCAAGGCUCGGCUGGACGCAUGUGAGCAGCGGUGGAUCGCUAAGUUGGCGCCAUUCCAGUUCGAUAUCAAGUAUAUUGCUGGAUCAAAGAAUGUGGUGGCUGACGCCCUUAGCAGAGAGCCCUUUGUAAAGUCUAGUAUGUCUCACCGUUUGACAAGAGUACCUUAUGAUGACCUACUAGCAGAGGCUGCGGCGAUUGGUGCUUAUGGGAUUCAGGAGGUGUUUCGUUGGUCAGCUAACCUGCCUGAAAUAUCGGAGUUCAACCAACAGAUAUCUCAAGGUGUGGCGGUUGUCAAGGCUGGAACAGUAUCAUCACUGGAGGUUGCUGCUGUACUCCAGGGAUGCAGUGAAAGUGGUUCAGUGGUGUACCCGCAUGCCCUUCUCCUGCCACAGUUCUCGCAGACUGUUCUAAUAACACCCCAAGCCAACUCUGAGGUGUUCUCGCUUGAAGUGUUGCGGGAAAUGCAGAGAACUGAUUCAGUUCUAAGUAGAGUGAUCUUCUUCGUAGAGAGAAGGCGGAGACCUUCUAGGAGGGAACGUUUCAAGGAGUCAUCAGAAGUCAUUAAGCUUUUGAAAGGCUGGGAAAAACUUGCAUUGAGAGACGGAGUUCUGUACAGGGUAGCUAAAAACCCUGUCACAAAGAAGAAGUCCUACCUUUUUGUGGUCCCCCGCUCAUUGCGCCAGAAGGUGUUACAAGGUGUUCAUGAUGAAGCUGGUAACCAGGGUCAGCAGCGAACUUUGUACCUGAUGAGACAGAGGUUUUAUUGGCUUGGCCUAGUGCGUGAUGUUACAGUGUAUGUACAACACCGCAGACGGUGUGUUGUCAGCAAGGCACCAGAGCCUGAAGCCAGAGCUCCUUUGAGAAAUAUAAGAACUUCUGAACCCCUAGAACUUGUUAGUAUCGAUUUCUGGACUGCUGAGGAUUCUUCAAACAACUCGCUGGAUGUGCUAGUGGCUACUGACCACUUCACAAAGAUGGCACAUGCUUUCUUGUGUCCAAAUCAGUCGGCUAAAGCGGUUGCACACCAGUUAUGGAACAACUACUUCUGUAUCUAUGGGUUUCCCAAGCGACUGCAUUAUGAUCAGGGGGCCGGUUUUGAAAGUUCGCUUAUUGCCGAGUUACUGAAUGUGGCGGGCGUGCAAAAGUCUCACACCACGCCUUAUCACCCUAUGGGGAAUGGCUCAUGUGAGAGAAUGAACCGGACUCUAGGUAACUUGAUUCGGGCGCUGCCACCAAGAGCUAAACAUCGUUGGCCGGAGGCCCUGAAAUCUCUGACGUUUGCCUACAAUUGUACGGUGCAUGAGACUACGGGCUAUGCACCGUUCCUGCUCAUGUUUGGGAGGGUGCCACGUCUUCCGGUGGACGUCAUCUUUGGUUCGGUGUUCAGUGAUCUGGAGGUGGUGGACUAUGAUCGCUACGUUGAGUCGCUGCGAAAGGACAUGAGAGAAGCUAUUGCGGUAGCUCAGUCGACAGCAACUAAACAGCUUCAGCGUCAUGCUGAACUAUACAACCGAAGAGUGCGUGGUGCACCAGUGGAAAUGAAUGACAGAGUGCUGUUGGCCAACAAAGGAGAACGUGGAAAACGGAAGCUUGCUGACCGUUGGGACAGCACAGUGUAUGUGGUGGUUGGAAAGGAUGAUGAGAACCAUACCUUCAGGAUCCAGAAUCCCACUACAGGCCAAGUAAGAGUGGUCCACCGCAAUCUGAUAAUGCCGAUAAACUUUCUGCCAUUACCUGAGGAUGACCCUGAUGACCAGGAGGAGGUUGUGAUGUCUCCCACAUCAAGUUCCCUUGACCUAAGUUUUGGGAGGUCAGCAAUCAGUGUUGUUAUUUCUGACUCAGCAGAGUUCAGAACAAGAGUGUGGGUAUCUGACCUACCGUUGGGAGCGAGCGACAUCACAAAUGCAGAAGAUACUGAGCUGGUGAAGGGCACUGUGCUGGAGAGAGCCACAGAACCUACUAAUUUUCCAUCAGAGGGCAGGGUAUUACCCCUAGCCCAGCCAGUCCUUGAUCAGUUACAACCCUCUGAUGGAGGCGCUUUGAUGGAGGGCAGUUCAUCAGACUCUGGUUGCUCAGCAGUCCCAAUGUCUGGCCCAGAGACCUUUCUGGCUCCUGUUACUGACACACUAACUGACGUACCUGCUACUAGUGCAGCUACAGUGAUAGUAGUUGAUGGUGUGACGGACCGUAGAUCUAGAGCUGGGCGGUUGUUGAGGCCAGUGACUAGACUUAUUGAAAUGAUGCACCAAAGAACAGCCUUAGUUUGAGUUUAAAGCUACAGUUUUAUUUGUUUGAAAUUUGAUCUUAAGAUUCUGUAAUAAUUUUGAUAUUGGGGAGGAGAGUUUGCAGUUACAUGUUGAUGAAAUAUGUACAUGGGCAUGUUUUUUUUAAUUCCCUAUGUAUGUAGAUGGGGUUUGGCCAACCUUUUCCCAUACUCAUCCUCAUGGGAUAGUCAAAGUGACUGGGUGUUUGUAACUGUGAAUUUGAUUUUAUUGUACCUCACAUGUGACUUGGGGAAACAGUGGUUGUGUAUUGGUUUCCUGUGCAUUUGAAUAUUUUUUUUUUUUUUUUCUCUUUCCAUUUUGUGAGUUUGUACCUGUUGUACCUGUUUGCUUUGCUUGUUGUUAUGGGGCAAGUGGAAUUCGGCAGGAGGGAGUGUAACAUAGUUAAUGUGUUGUAGAAUUCCACUUGUCAGCAUUCCCAAGUUUGGGUUCAUCGUUUAUGGGUGAAACAGCACCCCCUUCUGGUGGUUGGUCAUGUUAAGUAUACUGAACUCGGACAUCUCGUUGCCAGUUAAUGAGUGACGGGCGCGAGGUAGGUUCACUGAGCUUAACAUUCCAGAAAAUUUGUGUUGGCUUGAUGCUAACAUGUAAUACUGUUCCUUGUAAGGUGCUGUACCGGCUGUGAUGAGCCUGAUCGCUGAUUGUUAUUAUUCUGUUCUGCACAGGUACAUAUUAUCUUAUUUCUCUGUAUUUGUGUUUAAUAUUCAUGUAUUUAAAACGGCUGUUGGCCAGUUAAUGAGUGACGGGCGCGAGGUGCUGUACCGGCUGUGAUGAGCCUGAUCGCUGAUUGUUAUUAUUCUGUUCUGCACAGAUAAACAUUUCAACUCA